UCUGGCCCCAUCUGCUCUGUUUGCAGGCACAGCUGUAUCAUGCAUCAGUUACUGGCUGUUUGCCUGCUGUCUCUGUUCUCUGUGCUGACUGCAGACUCGUCCAAGAAGGGACGCAACUUUACUAUCUAUUCAUCACAGCUUAGCUGCAGUUUGCCGGGCCCUAAGGGUCCUCAAGGGAGUCCAGGUGCAGCAGGUCCCAGUGGUAACGUAGGCAAGAUGGGGAUGCCAGGUGCUGAUGGUCAGGAUAGGAAGGAUGGUGACAGGGGAGAGAAGGGAGACAAAGGUGAACAGGGUCGUCCUGGGAACCCUGGAAAAUAUGGACCACAAGGACGCCCAGGACUUGUUGGGAAGGCAGGACCACGGGGCCUUAAGGGGGUACGAGGGGCACCUGGUGUGUCUGGAGUUCCUGGGAUUAAAGGAGAGAUGGGAGAUGUGGGGGAAACGGGCGCUGCUGGAGGCUGUGACUGUGGAGCAGAGGCACGAUCUGCUUUCUCAGUAGCGGUAACCAAGAGCUAUCCCAAGGAACACACGCCCAUUCGUUUUAAACGUAUUUUAAUGAACGAGGGUAACCAUUACAAUGUCACCAGUGGCAAGUUUAACUGUUCGAUUCCUGGUGUGUAUUACUUCACAUAUGACAUCACGAUGGCAAACAAACAUCUGGCAAUCGGGCUUGUCCAGAAUGGCCAGUACAAGAUCAAAACAUUUGAUGCCAACACAGGAAACUAUGAUGUGGCCUCAGGAUCAACAAUACUUAGACUGCAAAAAGGAGACCAGGUCUGGCUUCAGAUCUUUUAUUCAGAACAAAAUGGACUGUUUUUUGAUCCAUACUGGACAGACAGUCUUUUCACAGGAUUCCUCAUUUUUGCAGAUCAGGCUGCUUGAAAUGAGACCAAUUCUGGAUCAUCCUGAUUGAACGUUUUAUUUGUUUUGUAUACAUUUUAUAAAAAUGGCCCCCAAUAACCUGUAUUUACAAACAUUUUAUAUGAAAAUAUAAAUAAUAAAUUUUAAAUAUAAAAA